CCCGGUACCAGAAAAAAAUGAUGACGGCUCUAAAGCAGAGAUGUGUGAAAUUCAACAGGUGGAUUUCCUAGCAGAGCGGAGUCAGCUAAAGAGGACAAGUGAGCUACAAGAAGGAGAGUUGACACAGAGGCCACAUGACCAUGGAGGCAGACACUGAACUGACGCAGCCACAAGCCCAGGACUCCUGGUAGCCACAGAGGCUGAAGGGACAAGGAUGGUUCCCCAGAGCUGAGUAAACUUGGGUUUCAGGCUUCUGGACUCCAGAACUGUGAGAUCAGAAAAGAAAUGACUGGACCAAGGUCUGACCCUGCAGUCCCCACCCUUCCCCAGCAUUGCCCACAGGCCUAGCAAGCCUAAUCCCGCAAGGCCCAAAUCCCUGUCCAAGUCCCCAACUUCUUGCCAAGUUGCCUGCACCUCAUGACUGGAAUCAGAAAAGCAGUGCUGGGUGGUGGGAGAGUCCCAGGCCAUGUGGUCUGGCUGCUGUGAGGCUCCAUUUGCACCAUGUGCCUGGAUUUGGCCUUCAGCUCCAAGGUGACCUCGAGGUCCCCAGACUAGAGACUGGCAGGUACGACCCAGCCCUGUCCUCAGGCACACAUUCAUUGCCUGUCCCCGGUGAGAAGAACAUGGGGUAGGCAAAGGACACUAUCAGGCAUUUUAUAACGAAGGACAAACAUGAUUAUCGGGUACUGUUUCACAGUAUCAAGGAGCCUGUCUGAUGAAGUCAGCAAAUGCCAGCAGCCUGCCCAGCGCCCUCGUGUGAAGGCCACAUAGGCAGUGCCAUAGUUUGGUACAUUUGGGCCAGGUGUGCACACGUGUCCCGGGGGCGGUCUUGGCUGCCUGAACUUUUAAAAGGCCCAGCAGGACCAGCUGUGCUUGUGCGGGAAUCAGAGCUCCAGCAGCCCUGCAAAGCCUGGCUGCUGUUUUUCUUUAAACUGUAAAUUAUUUUUUUCCUUAGGGCAACAAAAGGAGAAUAUUCCAGAUUCUUGACUGAAUUCCCAUUGCUUCUGCAGAUAUUACCUUGGGAUGAUGGGCAUGAAGCUGACACCAGUGCUGCUUGCCCUGGCCAGCUUGCUGCAGGUGGCUGUGCCCCUGAAAAUUGCAGCCUUCAACAUCAGGACUUUUGGAGAGACCAAGAUGGCCAAUGCCACCCUCUCCAACUAUAUUGUGCAGAUCCUGAGCCGCUAUGACAUUGCCCUCAUCCAAGAGGUCAGAGACACCUACCUGACGGCUGUAGGGAAGUUGCUGGAUGAACUUAACCGGGAUGUACCAGACACCUAUCACUUCGUGGUCAGUGAGCCGCUGGGACGCAACAGCUAUAAGGAGCAGUAUCUUUACGUGUUCAGGCCAGAUCGUGUGUCUGUGCUGGACAGCUACCAAUAUGAUGAUGGCUGUGAGCCCUGUGGAAACGACACCUUCAGCCGAGAGCCCGCCAUUGUCAGGUUCUCCUCCCCAUUUACGAAGGUCAGAGAUUUUGCCGUCGUGCCCCUACACGCAGCCCCAACAGAAGCAGUGGCUGAGAUCGAUGCUCUGUAUGACGUCUACCUAGAUGUCCGGAAGAAGUGGGGCCUAGAGGACAUCAUGUUGAUGGGUGAUUUCAAUGCUGGCUGCAGCUACGUGUCCCCUUCCCAGUGGUCCUCUAUCCGCCUACGUACAAACCCUACCUUCCAGUGGCUGAUUUCUGACACUGCUGACACCACGGUGACGUCUACACACUGUGCCUAUGACAGGGUUGUGGUUGCUGGAUCUCUGCUCCAAAGUGCUGUUGUUCUGGACUCAGCGGCUCCUUUUGACUUCCAGGCAGCAUAUGUACUGACUGACCAGCUUGCUCAAGCCAUCAGUGAUCACUACCCAGUAGAGGUGAUGCUGAAGUGAGCCUGACAUCUGAAGGCAGCACAGCCACCUGGGUCCCCCAUGA